AUAAGAGAGGUACGUAGAGCAUAAAGCUUAGAGAGGAGAAGAAACAAAAACAUUGAGAUGGGUUGGUUUUUGAGGGAAAGAAGGGGUCCAGCAUGGAAGCAUGGCUGGACGGAGCAAACCUUAGCCUCAAUCUCUCCACCGCCUCUGCCGCUAGUUGCCAUAGCCGGCAUCAUGGUCCUUUUACUGUUGCUCAAUUCAUAUGCGACGUACAGGUCACAGAUUCGGCAAACAGUCAUCACCUUCAAGUUGUUUCUUUUCCUACUGCCCGUGCUGCUGAUCUUUCUCAUGCACUCCAUCACCAAGUACGGCAGGAUUGUUAUUGCUGCUCCCGUAACGAAGAAUGACACAGUUCAUCAAGCCGAGAGCUUGGGGCUUUUACCUUGGGGCCUGGCUUUGCUGGUGCUUGUGCUUGUGCUUAUGCUCUCUUACCAGCCUUAUUUUCAUUCCAUGUGGUGGCCACAAAUUUGGGGCUUUUACUAGUUCAUCAUCUCCAGUUUAGUCGUUCUGCUGGGGGACUUGGGUGACCUAAAAGUUAGUAAAGUUUUUACCAGUUAAAUCUUGCUCUUAAUUUUAUAGGGUAUUAGUUAAUGCUAGUCUUGACGAGUAGUUUUUUGUAAUAAUAAUUUGUGAAAAUUAAUGGAGUGAUUAGAUUUUUAUUUAA